UUCCUGCUUUGGAGGCCCAGGUUCAAGGCAAAUUAUAAGUGGGAAACCAACUUGAAGGAAAGAAAUUUGAACCGAGUUCAGGUGCCAGGUCCUGGGAGAGAAGACCAGCCCUGUUUGAAGUCUGCAUCCGCCGCUGACCAACUUGGGGGCCUGGGUUAAGGGAAGGGGGUCCAGCAAGCACAGGCGGAAGAGAAACGGGUACCGCCCCAGACAGGCCAUCAGAGGGAGCAAAAAUGAUGGAGGGCACCAGCCCAUGCACUUGGUGUUUUUAACUGGGUAAAGCCUUUCUAUGAUUUCUUCAAGGCGAACCAGCAGCAGCAGAGGUGUGCCUUUGAUUGGCUGGGGGGGCUUUCUGCGGAGCCCUAGAAUGAAGUUUCUCUGCUACUAAUCAAGCAAAGAGGCAACCCACUAUGCCUGGGCUCAGCCUCCUCUCCCGCUCCCUUUCUGCUGGGCGUAAAACGAUGCUCCCCAAUCCCACCUAAACCAGGAGGCAAGGAGCCCAGGCUUUUUGUGCACACGGGACCUGUCACUGCCCGCCUUUUCUGCCCCCAAGACAAGGGAGGACUCUUGGAAGCCGACAAGGGUUUCAGAAGUCUUUCUGGCCCGAGCCGAGUGUGGUGAGGAGCGAAGGCCCCUGGCGGCCGGCGGGAGGCGGGAGGGGGGCGCCGAGGGCCACCAUGGGCCUGCUCAAGGGCCUCCUCGGGGCGAGAAACCUGCUGCUCGUCAUCUUCGUGCCGCUCCUGCUGCUGCCCCUGCCCGUGCUCCACCCCAGCAGCGAGGCUGCGUGUGCUUACGUGUUGAUCGUGACCGCUGUGUACUGGGUGUCUGAGGCCGUGCCUCUCGGAGCUGCAGCCCUGGUGCCUGCCUUCCUGUACCCGUUCUUCGGAGUGCUCCGAUCCAGCGAGGUUAGACCAUUUGUGGCCCAGCUCCCUGCUCAGGUCCCUCCUGGGCCAGUGAAGGGGGCUCAAGCCCCACCCAUUAGGAUUCAUCCGGCUCUCCCGCUGUCUACCUGUGAUCCAGGGCAGAACCGGGAGCCCUCGCUGGGGACAGAGCCCAUCAUCACGUGGAAGGACUUCCAGAAGACCAUGCCCUGGGAGAUUGUCAUUCUGGUGGGAGGAGGCUAUGCUCUGGCUUCUGGCAGUAAGAGCUCUGGCCUCUCCACGUGGAUUGGGCACCAGAUGUUGUCUCUGAGUGGCCUCCCACCGUGGGCUGUCACCCUUUUGGCAUGCAUCCUGGUGUCCAUUGUCACAGAGUUUGUGAGCAACCCAGCCACCAUCACCAUCUUCCUGCCCAUCCUAUGCAGCCUGUCUGAAACGCUGCACAUUAAUCCACUCUACACUCUGAUCCCAGUCACCAUGUGCAUCUCGUUUGCAGUAAUGCUGCCCGUGGGCAAUCCCCCCAACGCCAUUGUCUUCAGCUAUGGGCAUUGCCAGAUCAAAGAUAUGGUGAAAGCUGGCCUGGGGGUCAAUGUCAUUGGCCUGGUGAUCGUCAUGGUGGCCAUUAACACAUGGGGAGUUAGCCUCUUCCACUUGGACACUUACCCAGCCUGGGCGAAGGUCAGUAACAUCACUGAUCAGGCCUAACACAAGUGGGCAAAUGGUCCAACUGAAGAAGCUGCCAGCACCUAACAGAAUCUGACCAAGAGGCCAAGAAAGCCACCAGGAGCACACAACCAACACCAGGAGAUUCCACCACCUGCCACCUCAAGUGAAGUGCAGCAAGUCUCCGACAAUCAAAACACAUGCUUGGAUGUUAGUGCCUUCUGCUCUGCCCCCGUCCUUAGCACCAUAGUUCAGGGAGACCUGUGCUCUUUCUCACUUCCUGUAUCUUGGGCUCUCCACUUCUUUCUGAAGACAGGAAGAGAAGACCUUAGUUGCCCCUGAGAGGCUAAGCCUCACACACUAGCCUCACUAGGUUUAUUCUUAAUAUCUGAACCCCUUUUUAGGAACUGAAGGGGAAAUCCAAAUCAUUCUACCUACACACAGAUAAUGAAGCCAGGUACAUCUCCUCUUUCAGAGGAAAAUCUCCCCCAGAAUUUUCUCUUCAGUGUUUCCAUCCUAAGCUCUUACCACAAAAAGGCAAUCUUGUAAGUCGUCUUUGUGGCAAUCAGUACUCUUUUAUCAUUACUUAAGCAUCUCCCUUCAAUGGCUUCUCUUUACCUUUGGCACCAAAUUCCCAUAAGGAAACAGCGUUCUCCCUUGGAAAGGCGCUGGCAGGGUUCUCUUUGUCAAAGGAAAAGUAGAGGAAGAAGACACAUUGAAGUUAGCACAGGUAUCCCCCGCUCUUCAGAAGUUCUAGUUACACCACUUCACUUUUACAAAAGACCUACGUCAGUACCUGUUUUCGCUAACCGAAAGAAAUCUGAGGAGGAUUUUCAGGUUUAUGAGAACCUGGUUCUCAGCACUGGUUUUGCAGCGAGCCCUUAGAGGAGCAGUGCGCAACCUGAGCAGCUAGAGUGGUGCCACCAUGCCCCCUCCCAGGAAACAACACCCAGCAUCUCAGCAUCCAGCUGCCAGAGCUGUGAACAUCUGGGCUUUAUCUUUAUUUUGUGCCCCCGUUAGCAAGUGUCCUAAGGUAUCAGAGAAGCCUAAGAGAGGUUCCUUUUUGAGUCUGCGAAUGCUCAAAUAUUUUUCCAUAUAAAUGAAUGGUAACUGCUGCUUUGCUCGAUGCCAUUUCAGCUUACAAAAGAUUUCAUAGGAAUGAUCUACUUUUGGAUAGCGGGGGACACCUGUCUCUCUCAUCACUUACCACUAAUCCUCAAUACCACUGCACUGGUUCAGUUGGGAGGGAGAAAAAAUUCUCAUACCUGUCUUAUUAAUGAGGCCAAAACUAUCAUUAAGACCACAGUACUAUUAAUGAUAUCUGACUAGCUUUCUUCUGGAUGUAAUGAGGAGUUCGUUCCUGAGAAGACAAGUACAGAAAGUUCCAAACGCAUCAGUCACUUUCUACAAGUCAGCUCCUUGAGGGGAGAGAAGAUGUCUUAUGUUCCUGAAAGUCUCCAGCAACUUAUACAAUAUAGUAAACUAACUACUCAAUAAAUGUUGCCCGUGAAAAAAAUCACUUCGGAAAUCAAGGCCUCCUGCUUCCUCCUGAAAACCACGCCAUUCUCCCCACGACACAUGUCCUUGCUGUAUGACUGGAUAUAGCUCCCAAGCCCCCCGCCAGCUUGUAGGCAAUACAUAGUUCUGACUUCUACCACCAGUUCCUUGCUAAAUCGGUCUUAUUGGAUAAGGAAUACCCCACAGUUACUCCAUUCUUUUAAUUGAUUUUAAGUUACUAUUGAUAGCAUGGGCAGUUUUCCCACACAAUAACUUAUCAAUAAAGUCACUCCCUUAGUUUA